AUGCAACUCACCCUACUGUCUCACUGCAAGCGCCUCUUCCUCGCGAUCCUCAUCUGCACCACCCUCCUCUCCAUCAAUGUCACCUCAGCAGUCAUACAAAACGGCGAGGAAGUCAAAACAGCCGAAAAAGCCAUCGAUGCCAUCAAAUCAGCCGGACAUUGGUUUAUCAAACCUUACGAUGUCCCUUCCCUAUCAAGUCCUCGCAGAAGCGUUCUUCAAAGGCUGAAGAGCUUCUUCAGUCGAGUUCCGAUCAAGAUCAGCCAGACGGGUGAUGCUACCAUAGUGGCAAACAGGGGAACCAAUUACCGAAUGGUUCGGUUUGGAUCGAAAGAUAAUGUAUUCGUUGUAGCUCCGCGGAGUAAGGAAACGUUCCAUGGUCUGACGGCAAAGGAACAGGAAUAUAUAGUUGUUCACAGGGUGCCUUCUGUUCAGAGGAUUACCCUAGUUGAAAUUCAGCCUACCCAACCUUGA